AAAUUAAUGAAAAAAUUGACACAGUGUUAAAUCAGCAACGAAAACGCGCGUAAUAAUUGUGAGUUGUGAGUCGAUGUGUUUUUAUUCCUCUAUGAACUUGUACAGAAAUGUGAUGUACGCUUAAAAAUAAUUUCAAUUCAUUACGAAUUAAAUUUUAUUAAAGAAAUUUUUUUUUAAAAUGGCAAAUAGUAGCCAAUUUCAAUUAUUUAUAACCUGUGUGGAUAGUGUUGGUCCAUUAUUAAAAUUAUGGGGUCAAUCCGAUCAAACAUCAAUGGUAUUUGUCGAACGAUUCUUAUUACAAUUAACACCGGAUUUUGAAAAAGGACAUUAUGUACCAAAUAUUGCUAAUUUAAAAGUGGGACAAUUGUGCGUGGGAAAAUAUAACGAUGGAGUUUAUUAUCGUGCUAAAAUUUUAGAUUUAUCUCAAAUACGGGAUGGUUGUAUUUUAGUACAUUUUAUAGAUCAUGGUAACACGGAAUCGUUACCGUUAACAAGUAUUCGUGUUGUGGAUGGUUCAUCGCCGUUAACUUCGUUUGUACCUUUGGCUAACGAGUAUAUUUUAGCUGGAAUUAUAAAUGCGUCACAAACAUGGGAAGGUAGUACUUUUGAAAUGCUUACAAAUAUGGUUUGUAAUAUGGAAUUGAAUGUAAUUGCCAUUGCAACUGUUGGUCCAUAUAAAAUAAUUAAUAUUCAAUUUAAUAAUGAAGAUUUAUCAAAAAUGUUAAUUAAUUAUAAUGUUGCAAUACCAUGUUCAAUUAGUACUCAAACUCAAAUACUUGUUCAAAAAUUAAAUCAAGUUAAUCAAACAACAACUGAUCCUCAAGUAAAUCGUGUACCACGUGAUAAACCGUAUCCAAUACCACGUCGUACAAAUUCAGUACCAACUGGAGGUAAUUUAAUCGAAGAAACACCACGAUUAGAAUCACCGGCUGUUUUUAAAAAUACAAUUUUACCAAUCCAUUCAGAACAUUUGGUCACUGUAUCAGCAGUUGAAGAUGGACCAAAAUCAUUUACAUUACAAAUCCAAUCAUGGGAAAAAUAUUUAAAUAAAUUGAUGACGGAUUUAAAUACGCUUUUUACAGUAUCGUUAAGUGAAAUACCCGUACCCGGUACGUUAUGUAUUGCUGUAAAUAGUUUAAAUCGAUCUUUAUGUCGAGCUGUUAUCACACAAGUAAUCGAAGAUAAUUGUAAAGUUUAUUUUGUUGAUUUUGGAAAUAGUGAGGUAAUUUCAUAUUCUGAAUUAUAUCAAUUACCUCCAGCAUUUAUUUCGCAUAAAAUCCUAGCGUUAAGAUUCUCGUUAUCAAAUUUAAAAUCAAUUAAUAUUACAUCCGAGAUAAAAAGUUCAUUUAAAGAUUUUGUAAUAGGGAAGACACUCAAAUUACGUGUAAUGCCACCAGAAGGUCCACCAGUUUUACAAUAUGGUGAAUUAUUUGAUGAAAAAGGCGUCAAUGUAUUAACAAUAUUAAAAACGACGUUAGGUUUAGAAAUAUUAAAAUUUCGUCCGAUGGCUAGACAGGAAACGGAUUGUAUCGCGGAUGUAUCAGUUGCUUAUAUUAAAACGUGUCAAGAAUUCUAUGUUCACUUUUUAUCGGAUAUCGAUGCGUUACUUCGAUUAAUGUCCGAUUUGGGGACACAUUGUCUACAAAAUCAGAAUUAUUUACAACGUAAUCGUGUUCAAAUUGGAAUGGCAUGCUGUGCAUUAUUCCCCGAUGAUGGACAAUGGUAUCGAGCCGAAGUAUUAGGAUGUUCCGGGAAUGAUAUUCAUGUUAAAUAUGUCGAUUAUGGUAACGAAGGUUUUGUUAGUAUUGACCAAGUCAAAGAGAUUACGAUUGAAUUAGUGAAUCGAUUACCGAUACAAGCGUUACGAUGUUGUUUGGUUGGAUAUGAAAAUGAACCAGUUGAUCAACAGCUUUCGACUGCUUUUGAAAGUAUUGCUUUGGAAAAUAAUUAUACGAUGAAAAUUAUUAAGUAUCAUACUCCGCAUGUGUUGUUAGUUAAUUUAAUCGAUAUGAAUACAAGAGUGUUAAUUUCAAAUACAUUAUUAGAAGCACAAAAACAAACACAGCAAGAAGUAAUUCCACAAACUCCAACGUACACAACACCUCCCUCAUCGAAUACGGGUGCAGGUGAUAAUAAUUAUUUGGACGGAAAAAGAAAAUCACGCAAUCGAAAUGAAGAAACACCACCUAGAUUCCGUAAAAAAGAAAAUGGUAAAUCAGUGAAUGAACGAUUACAACGUCGUACAUCACCAAAUGUACCAACACGUGGCGAUGAAAGUGAGAAAGGAAGAUUUAGAAAUAUGACAUCGCCCAAUAAUAAUGAUCGCCUUUCACGAAACGAUUGGAGCAAGAAGAAUGAUAAAUCAUCCUUGGCUAAACCAUCAUGGAAUGAUUCAAAAAGAGAAAAAUCGUUUAGUAAUGAUUCGAAAAAAGAAAACUCUUGGAACAAUGCUAAAAAAGAUGAUGAUUCAAGAUGGAAUGAUUCAAGAAAAUCAAAUUCUUCAUGGAAUGAUUCCAAAAAAGAUUCUCGAAAUGAUUUUAAAAGAACGAGCCCUUCAUGGAAUGAAUCGAAGAAAGAUAACUGGAAUGAAUCUAGAAAAGGUAACUACAAUGAAACGAAAAAAGAUAAUUGGAAUGAAUCGAAAAAAGAUAACUGGAACGAUUCAAAAAAAGAAAAUGUUUCAAAACGUGAUUCACGUAGAGAUAAUCGCAGAGAAUAUAAAAAAGAUUCUUCCUUUUCGAAAUCUGAUUCUGAUUCGAAUAGUGAAAGGCGUUUUGAUCGUACCAAUAAACCAUUUAAAAAUUCGAAAUUUGAAGGGCGUAAGCGAACAGAUUCUCGAAGUAGUGAUAAAUCCGAUACUAGUUUUCGUAAAAAGAGAUUUGAAAAACCAAAAUCUUCAAACAUUCCAUAUACAGCUCCACCAGCUGAUUAUGCAAAUUUAAAUGAUAAAUUCACGGAAUUGAAUUAUCCUGAAGGAGCAAUUGAAAAUGUAAUGAUAUCAUGGUUUUAUAAUCCCAAACACUUUUAUAUCCAAAUCACAUCAAUGGAAAGUCAAUUUAGGAAAAUGAUGACAGAUAUACAAAAAAUAUAUAAAAGUCGAAGUCCUGUACAAGAUGCAGUUCCUGCAGGAUCAUCAGUCAUUGCACACUUUAGUGAAGACAAUUUAUUAUAUCGUGCAACUAUUUUAGAUUUUCGACUUGAUAAAUAUAAAGUACGUUAUGUGGAUUAUGGUAACACAAAUUUCGUGGAUAAAAAUAAAAUAUUUCAAGUUGAAAAACAAUUUAUGGAAUUACCCGUACAAUCAGUUGUUUGUACAUUACAAGAUAUCUAUCCAGCUGGUGAAACUUGGAAUGAUUCACCCGAAAUGGAUAAUUGUUUUAAUAAAGGCAAUUAUCAAUGUGUGUUUCAUGCUGAAUUUAAUGAAAACAAACGUGUAGUCAGCCUCUCGUACAAUGGAUUAUUGGUGACUGAUGAUUUAAUAAAUAGAGGAUUAGCAACGAGCAGUGCAAGUGCGCCGCAAACGAACGAACAAUUGAACGACUCAAAUAUUUCACAGCAAAUACCGGGUAUUGAGCAUGAUAUAGAGGAUGCUCCAGUCGAUUUAGGAUUAUUACAAGAACAAACACUUCGAAUUACCAUAUCAUGUGCCUAUGGACUCGAACGUUUUUAUGUUUACUUGGAUAAAAUUAAAGCUGAAAACGUUUUGAAGCUUAUCAAUGAUUAUGCAAACGAACACAGUACUACCUUUGAAAAAUUGUCUACUGAACAAAUUGUGAACGGUACUGUUUGUUUAACACAAACAGAGACUGGUUGGCAAAGAUGUAUCAUUUCAAAUGCUGCUGCAACUAAGGGUAUUUUUGUAGAAUUUCCUGAUGUUGGAGGUGGUGAAGAAAUAUCUGCUGAAAAGCUUUUCACUCUUCCAGUUGAAUUAACUGGUUAUUAUUAUCAGAGUGUUGAAUGCGGUUUAAAUAAUUUUGAUCUAGGAUGUUUACAACAUGUAAAUGAUGAAGAAUUCCAAUCUAAAUAUGAAAAAUCUGAACUGAUUGCUUACAUCAAUGAAGUACAAAAUGGAAGAUUAUUAGUUACUUUAUACGAUUGUGAUGGUAAUAAAUUAGUUCUAAUAAAAGACGACGAAACCGAAGACGAUUUUUCAACAGUAAGUCCAUUAUGUCCAAUGGCUGUAUUAAAUGGCAACAUGAAAGUAUGGAUCACACACAUAAAUACUUACGAUUCAUUUUAUAUUCAACGUGUAGCUGACAACGACAAAGUAACAGAAUUAUUAAAUACAUUAUAUAAACAUUAUGAAAAUAAUGAAAGAACUCGCUCCGAUAUCACAAUUAAUCAAUUAUGUGCUGUUAAAUCACAAGAUGGUAAUUGGUAUCGUGGUCGAGUUUUAGAAAUCAACGAUGCUUCGAUUACUGUUAUUUAUAUCGAUUAUGGUAAUCAAGAAACUGUUGAUAUUAAUAAUGUACAAAAUUUAGAUCCUUCAUUUUAUACAAUUAACGAAUACGCGUUACAUGUAGCACUUCCAAUAUCCGCUGAAAAUGAUAUUAGCGAACAAUUAAAAGAACUUACAAAUGGUAAGGAAUUUUAUUCAAAACUAGCUUACACUGAAGGAUGUUGGUAUAUCGAAUUAUACAGUGAAAAUAUAGGGUUAAGUUCAUAUUUAAUUGAAUCGGGUAUCGCAAAUAAAUUAGAUUUUGAUCCAUUUAGACGUAGAUUUGAAGCUACCACCGAUGAUAAAACCGAUGAUAAAAUAAUGCUUUAUGUAGCGCAUGCUGAUACACCGAAUCAAUUUUAUGCUCAAUUAGCAAACGAUGAGAAUUCAAUAAACGCAUUACAAGAGGAAUUAGAGAAAUCAAUAUCAACAUUAAGUGAUUUAGAAGCACCAGAUGCUGGUGUACUAUGUGCAGCGAAAUAUUCAGCUGAUGAUGUUUGGUAUCGUGCAGAAGUACUCGAUGCUGAUGAUCAAAUAACAACUGUACGAUUUAUUGAUUAUGGUAAUACAGAUGUCUUAGAUAAUUCAUCGGGUGUAAUUAAAACGUUACCAAGUCAUAUGUUAACAAUUGAUCGUUAUGCGAAAAAAUGUUCAUUAGAUGUGACCCCAAUUGGUGAGGAAUGGAGUCAAACUGCUUGUGAAAUGUUUGAACAGAAAUUAGUUGGACAAAUAUGUCAAGCGAGUGUACUUUAUCAAGAUAAAGGUGUUAUGUAUGUAUCAAUUUAUUUCAACGAUGAAAACAUAGCUGAAAGUUUAAUUCACGAAGGAUAUGCUAAACUAUUUAAUCGUGAUAUUCAGGAUGAAUUAUCAAAUAAAACUGGAUUCGUAAGCCAUAUUAAUUCAAUCAAUGAAUUUUGGAUACAAUUGGAAAGUUCUUGCGCUGAUUUAGAAAUGGUAUCAGAUCAAUUAUCAAUUGCUGAUCAAUUUCCAGAAUUAAAUGAUAAACGACCGGGUGUUUUAUGUGCAGCACGAUUUCCUGAUGAUAAUGAUUGGUAUCGUGCUCGAAUUUUAAGUUCUACAGAUGAUGAAAAUGUCACACAAGUAUUAUUUAUCGAUUAUGGUAAUUCUUCAAUCACAACGGAAUUGAAAAUGUUACCAGAACAGGUUAUAAAUAUACGUGCACUUGCGUUAAAGUGUUCUUUAUUGAAACCAUCAUACAUUGAAGAAUGGCCAAGUGAUGUUACUGAUCAAUUUAGAGAAUUAGCAGCUGAUGGAGCAACUAUUUUUGAUGUAAAAGUUGUCACCACGGGGGAAACAUCUAUCGUAGAAUUAUCAAUCGAAGAUAAAAAUAUCAUUGAAAUUUUAUUACCCAAAAGUAAAACAACUGUAACUGCAGCUAUUAGUCAUGUAAUAUCCCCUGAAUCCUUCUGGAUUCAACUUAGUGAUAAUUCUCAUACUUUAUCCGAUAUUUGUCACCAACUUGAAGAUGUGGAUGCUUUAACAAAAAUUGAUAACCCCGUGGAAAACACUAUUUAUAUAGCACAAUCUCCUGAAGAUCAAUUAUGGUAUCGAGCUAAAAUUGAAUCGGGAAAAACGGAUGAAGGAUAUGAAGUAUUCUUCAUCGAUUAUGGAAAUAAAUCCAUCACUCAAGAAAUACGAGAAUGUCAUCCGGAUCUUGCAAUAAUUGAACCAUUAGCUAAACAUUGUACUUUGAAGAAUUUCGUUGAGAAUUCAACUUGGAAUCAAGAAGCGGGUUCAACACUUAAUGAAUUAUCUGAUUAUGGGAAUACAACAUUUGAUGUAAAGUUUUUGAAUGAAGAUGAUGAUCCAGCUUUGGUAUCAUUAUAUUGGGAAGGAAAAGACGUUUCGUUAGCUAUAAAUUAUGUUGAAUGUAGUGAUGAGGUUCAAGAGAAAACCGAAGAUAAUAAAGAAGAAACACAACCACAUACAACUUGUAGAAAAAUUAUCGAUGCAAUAUCUAGUGCCACAAAUUUAAACAAACAAAAUCUUCAUCAAUUUGUUAGUAAAGACGGAAAAGAAAAUGAAACAAAAGCAACCAACGAAGAAAAAAUUGAAAAUGAUUAUUUAGAAACUGAAAGCAAGAUUCAAGAAACUAAUGAUAAUCAAAAUUUGGAUCAAACAGAAAAUAUUUCAACGAAAGAUUCUGUGGAAAUCAAUCAACCUCAAUUAGAAAAUGGUAAUGAAAUCAUCUCCCCAGAAGAUUCAGUGACCAAAGAUUAUGAAGAAAAUAUUCAAAAUGAGUUAGAUAGCAAUAAAAUGGAAGAAAAAUCAAAUGAAAAUGAAGUGAUUCCAGAAGAUACUUUAACAAAAGAUUCUGUUGAAAGCGUCGAAAUUCAAUUAGAUAGCAAUAAAGUAGAAGAAGUUGUUUCUCCAGAAGAAAUUUUAUCCAAAGAAUCUGUAGAAAGCAUUCAAUCUCAAUUAGACACAAUUAAAAUUGAAGAAAUAGGUAAUGAAAUUAAGGUGGCUUCUUCCGAUGAAAAUUUAGAUUCUGUAGAAGGUAUACAAUCUCAAUUAGAUAAAAUUACUAUUGAGGAAAAAUCACAAUUAGAUAGCAAUAAAAUUGAAGGCGAAUCUAAUGAAAAUGAAGACAUUUCUACAGAAGAAAUUUUAACAAAAGAAUCUGUAGAAAAUUCUCAAUCACAAGAUAGCAAUAAAAUUGAAGAAAAAUCUUUAUCCAAAAAUAAUAUUGUAACAGAAAACGCACAAUCCGAAAUAUCUAGCAAUACCAAUGUAGAAACAUCUAAUAACAAGAAACCGAAAGAUGAAAACUUAUUAGAAAUAAAAAAUAUUUCGACUGAAAAUAAUUCUUCCGAUCAAUCACAGCUAGAAAUCGAUGUUUCGAAAAAUAUUGACAAUAAAGCAGUUACUGAAACAGACAAAAACUUAGAUGAAAAAAAUAAUAAAUACAUAGAAGCAAACACUGAAAAUGGAGAUAAGGAGAAAAUCAUGGAUAAUGAAAAGAGUGAAACGUCUCUUGCUGAUGAAUUACAAUUAUGUAAUAAAACAAAUAGCAAUACAGGAUUAAGUACACAUGAAAAUAGUAAAGAUACAAAUAAUUUAGAUGAAAUACAAGAUGAUACAAUAGAAAAUGUAUCACAUUAGAAAUAUACAGUGUGAGUUAAUUUUUGGAUAUAAAAUUUAAUUUAUUCAAAUCUAGGUAUUGUACCAAG